AUGAGAUAUUUGGAGCUAGUUAAGCCUCCAAGACAAGCGCAAGCUUACAACUCGGUAAGCUUACACUGGCGCCGGUAUCACUCAACAGAUAUAGAAAAUCUCAAAAAGCAGUCUGACUCGACCGAAAGCGACAAUUCAGUAUUAGCCACUGGUGUUAUUGAUAAGGAGAGCAAUGAAGUCCUAUUAUACUAUUCGUUUGCUGGUUCUCAAAAUUUAGCAAGACAGUAUCUUUCUAGACUUGUAUCACCAAAAAUUACUAGUGACAAUUUACGAAAAAGGGUUGAAAAAGUGUCCUCGCCAUUACCCAAGGAUGCCUCAAUUACUGAGUUGGUGCCGUUACCUAGAGAUAGUGGCGCUUUUGUGAAAUUCAAAUAUCCUCCAUUGGUGGCAGCAAAGGACUUCUUAAACGAGAUAAGACUGAACGUCAUCGAAUACGAUAAUAAAAGGCUCGAUAACAUUUUCAAGCGAGUGUUCAACUAUGUCUGGAAUAAAUCUCCUCAAGUCUAUACUGUUAAGGGAGUACCUUGGAUUGAGGAUUUGAAAAGGUUCCCAAGUGCCAAACUCGGCAUAACAUACGAAGGAAACCCACUUACAGAAGAAGAAUUAUAUGUCUUGUUUAGAAGGUACGGUUUGAUUGAUGAUAUCAAAGUUUCAGCAAAUGGUGGCGGAGGCGCAGCAGCAUCAUACGUGUUCUUUCACAAUGUUAGGUCAGCUACUUGUGCUAAGCAUUGUAUUACUGGUAUGGAAUUGAAUCAUGGUGAAACCACAAUCCAUAUACAAUACGUUCCAGUUAAAAAGACCAAUUUCUUGGUGAAAAUGAUCAUGGAUCAUACAAAAAUUGCAUUGCCUAUAAUAUUAGCUCUUUUAGCAACUUUUGCAGUUUUGAUAUUUGAUCCAAUUAGAGAGAGGUUCAUACAAUAUAAAAUAACCCAUAGUGGCCACAUUUUGGAUCAGUAUAGAGACAGCAGAUUGUUCAAGUUGUUUUACGUUCCUUACAAGAAACUCACUGAUGCGGUUUCCAGCAGUUAUGAUUACAUAGAUAAUCAACUACAUGAGGUAGCUGGAGUCAAAGUUAAGAAUUCUGGAGAUGAUUAUGAUGAUACCAGUGACGAUGGAAAUUCUACUUCAACAAUGCAAGAAAGAAAGCUAGAAAGUAAUAUGCUUUGGCAAGAGCGGUUUGAGAAAUCUAAACAAUUGAAAUUAUGGAUAAAAGAGAAUAUUGAUACGUUUAUCAUUGUAAAAGGUCCACCGGGAUCAGGAAAAGAAGAAUUUGUUUUUGAUCAUACAUUGGCAUCUGAUGCAAAACUAAAGAAACGAGUCUUGUUUUUAGAUUGUGACGAGUUUAGUAAAGCGAGAUCAGAGAAUAGUCUUAUAGGUCACGUUGCUUCACAAUUGGGUUAUUUCCCUGUUUUUACAUGGACCAACACGAUUUCUCAGUUUGUUGAUUUGGGAGUUCAAGGUUUAACUGGACAAAAAUCUGGAUUGAGUGAAAGUAAAGAAACACAAUUAAAGAAUAUGUUUGGCUUGACUACUCAAGCAAUUAGGCAUAUUACAGAUACCGAUUACCAGCGAUAUGUCCAAUCAGUUGAAAAAAGAAACCGUAAAUUGAAAGAUGAUGAAAAGAUUGAAGUUUUGAAACAAGAAGAAUUUUUGACUCAAUUUCCUGAAUCGAAACCAAUUAUUGUUAUCAAUAAGUUUUCCAGGAGAGCCGAUAUUUCAUCAAAUGAUUUCAUAUACCCAUUAAUUGCCGAUUGGGCAUCCGGAUUGAUUCAAAAUAAUAUUGCACAUGUUAUAUUCCUGACUGCUGAUGUGGGAUCACUUCAACAUUUGACCGAUGCCUUACCUAAUCAAGUGUUCAAGACAAUAUCUCUAAGCGAUGCUUCCAUAGCAAGCUCAAAGCAGUAUAUUUGUGACGCUUUGAAGCUCAACGAUACAGUUGCUUUGGAUAGAUGUAUUGCGCCAUUAGGUGGUCGUAUGUUGGAUUUGCAGGCUUUUAUCCGUCGUAUCAAGUCGGGAGAACAUCCACCACAAGCAAUUGAAGAGAUGGUCACCCAAGCUGCUGAACUAAUUACCACUGUUUUCCUCCAAGGACACAAAUUUCACAAUGAUGAUACCGUUUGGAAUCCGUCACAAGUUUGGUUGAUUAUGAAGCUAUUACUGAAAUCAGAUGCAAUAAGCUAUGACAGUUUAGUCAAACUGCCAUUAUUCAAAAAAUCCCAACAAACUUUAGAUACUUUAACAGCAUUGGAGAAGUACGAUUUGAUUUCAUUAGAAAGAGAUAAAGGUGUAUUGGAUAAGAUAUCUACAGGACGACCACUCUUCAAAGCAGCAUUUGAGAACAUUGUACUGGAUGUUAGGAUUUGGAAGUUAUACGAAACUGAAUAUUUGACCAACUUAAUUGCUAUCGAAGUUGCCAAAUUGACCAAAUUUGAAAAUGAAUUGACCAGUAUUUAUAAGAUUGGUAAGAUUAAUGGGAAAAUUGAUGGCAGGAUUGAUUAUUUAUCUAGAAAGAUUGAAGGCUCAAAUAAGAAUAUUGAGGCGUAUGAGAAGGAAAUCAAAGAAAUAGCUUCUUUCAAUGUUGAGCGAAAGCAUAAUUCAUUUCUAGGUAUAUUUUAA